UUUGCAGGUUUUUGUAGUGCAGUGUACAAGAUGAAGAUGUUUGUGGCGUUCUUGGCUUGUGUGGCAGUUGCUGCAGCCGACGUGAGUCUUAUAAAUCCGGCAGGACACCUGGAACCACCGGUAGAACAUCUCGCUUCUAAGGAAUUUAACGCUCCCUGGCCCGAAAAGAACUCCUGGGAACCGUUGGCUGAUCCCCACCAACCGAUCAGCGUGAUUACGAACAACAACAACAACAACGUUGCUCAUGAUGGCUACCAUUACGAUAACAACAACAACAACAACUACAACAACCAGAAUCUGAACCAGAACUUCAACAACAAUUAUAAUAAUGAUUACAACAACAAUUACAACAACGAUUACACCCACAACAACAACUAUAACAACUACAACAACAACAACCAAAACUACAACCAGGUGGCCACCUACACCAACCACCAACAAACCCACCAAGGUCAAAUCACCAAAACCAACCACGGCCAGGUGUCCUUCGAAGUGACCCACCCCUACUGGGCCACCUCCUUCGCCAAGAUCAACCGUUUCGACACCUGGCCGGCGGCCCCCGCUCCGUUCGUGGCCGCCGCCCCGCUCCCCCUGGUGGCAACUGCCCCCACCGCUUUUGUAGCCACCUCGGCGCCCAUCAUCGCCAGCAAUGCCGCUCCCUUUGUGAAGCCCGCGGUCGUGUACAACGAUCAGGUGGCCAAGUGGAACAACCCGUGGGCCCAUCAGCACCAGCACCAUGGUUGGAACGGACCGGUGGCCAAGUACGUGGCCGUCACGCCUGGAUCAGUGCACAUUGCCCCGCUGCCCGGGCAUACCGUUUCGCAGAAGAUUCUGAACCUGGCGCCGGCGGCGAGCUGGUAGAAUAGUUGCUGCGGGAAGAGACGCAUGAUAUGUUGAAUAGUUCGUAAUAAAAUGGAAGGUUGUUAAA